AUGUCAUCCAACAAUAAUACUAGCAUUACAUUAGCAAUCCUUCAACUUCAAAGUGGUUUUUAUUAUUCAAGUCUUAUUUUAGGAUUUAUUCUAUUGAUCGGUGGUGUAUUAGGAAAUAUUCUUAAUAUAAUCAUCUUCAUUAAAUUUGGAAAUUACAAGAACAAUGCAUGUUCUCUUUACAUGUUUGUUCGUACUUUUCUUGAUCUCAACAUGCUUCUUGCUGGUUUAGCUACUCGAAUUCUUGCUACAGGCUUUCAAACGGAUUUUACUUUGAUGAAUAGAAUUUGGUGUAAAACUCGCUUAGGCUUCACCGAUAUUAAUGGUAUAACUACAUAUACUUUGAUUUGCUUACAAGCUAUUGAUGCUUUCAUUUGUUCUUCUCCAUCGGUUGGUGUACGACAAAAGAGCAAUAUUCGAAUAGCACGAUAUUUAAUAAUUGGCACUCUUUGCUUUUGCUUUAUUCAUGAAAUACCCUAUUUCAUCUUUCAAGAUCUUGUUAACGUAGGAGGCACUCCCAUGUGCAUCACAACAAAUACAAUUUAUGCUCAGUAUCGCAGCUAUGUUGUUUCUCUUGGUAUUAUCACAACUAUUCCAAUCACAGUGAUCUCUACUUUUGGCUUUCUCACUGUCCAACAUAUGAAAACUAUCGCUGUAACGAGAACACUUUCUUCUCUAACAAGACAAACAAUUAGCAUGGCAUUAUUUCAAAUAGUUGCUUUAUUAGUAUUCAAUAGUCCAUUUGCAACUUGGCAAAUUUACUCAAUUAUUACAGCAAAUGUAGUUAAAGAUACUUAUAGACGAGUAGUGGAACAGUUAAUUACUUCAUUUAUUGCUACUUAUGCUUAUGGGCCAUAUGCAGUAAAUUAA